AUGGCUCCCGUUCUCGUGCUUGUCACUAAGUUCGGCACUGCCUUCGUCGGCGCCCUCUGUUGCUCCUCCCCUCUUUUCGGAACCGCCACGCACGCCGGACAGUUGUCCACUGCCAACAGUGCAGCGAGGGCAUCACUUCGAGCUGCAGAAAGCGAAUCUCAUCUGGGCGCUAAGGACGUCACUGACGGGAUUUAUGACCAUUCUUCGUCCAUCAUGUCUCCCGUCGCAGCCUGCCUCCUCAUUCACAACAAGUACAGAACAGAAAACCUCCAGGUGCCGCUCCCGGCCAUGUCCAGAAACGCCGACGCCGUGGCGCUGGUGAUGGAGUUCGUAGAGAAGAGAGCAGUUGGAAAAUGCAAGGUUCAGGGGCACAGCACCGAGUCCCAAGCAAAAGAGAUGGGUGAGAACCUCUAUAUGUCAAACAACCCGACGUGCGAGGCCGCCGUGACGGCGUGGUACGACGAGAUCCAGUACUUCGAUGGAAACUACCCAGGAACGGAGUGGAGCAACAUGAAGGAACCAGUUGGUCAUUUCACGCAAGUUAUGUGGACAAAAAGCACAGGCCUAGGCUGUGCACGUACGAUUGGUUGUGAAGGUUGGAACCAGCUGUUCUGUGUCUACCAGCCGGCAGGAAACUACUUGGGCCAGGCGCCUUUCUCGGAGGAAGUGUGGAAGGCCAUCAAGAAGCGCGACGGCAUCUCGGGGGCCAUGGCUCUCGCGCCGGUCAGCACAGUUGCGGUGGCUGUCGCAACUAGUGCAUUGGUGUAUGUCCUUGUCGCAUAA